AACUAUGCUCCCCUUGUGCUCCUCCUCCCCUCUCCGCAUGAUGCCCUUUCCCCAAAUGCCCCUUUCCCUUUCUACCCUUCUCUCCGGCUACCUCCGUUCAUCCAUGGCGACCACCGAUCUCAUCUCCAAUAAAUCGCCGUCGAAAUGAUGUAAUUUCCGUAAUUUUUCUUCGAUUUUUAUUUAUAGAAUUUCCGGUAUUUGUUUUACUCGAUUUCGAUGGUCGAUCACAAUUUUAUGGUUCAGGCUUUGAUAUCUAGGGUCAGGGUCAGGGGGUUUUUUUUUUCCUUCAAUUUUUGUGGAAUUUUUGGUUAUUUUGUGCUUGAUCGCGAUGGCGGAUCACAAUCCUAGGGAUUAGGCUUCGGGAUAAGCUAGGGUAAGGGUUAGGGUUAGGGUUAGGGUUAGGGCUUUGUGUGGAAAUGGCGGGGGGGACGAAGGCGAAGCUCCUCUGCAGCUUCGGGGGUGAGUUGGUGAGAGAGCAGGGGAGGGCGUCGUACGUAGGGGGGAAGACGCGCCUGGUCUCGAUCGCGGCGAGCUUCCGAUCGCUCCUCGCCAAAAUGUCGGAGCUCUGCGGCGCCGAGCCGAGCUCGCUCGACGUCAGGUUCCGGCUUCCUGACGUCACCAUCGGCGUCGAUACCCCCCUCGUCUCCGUCGAGAGCGACGAUGAUGUUAGGAGCAUGAUGGAGGAGUUUGAUUCGGGUCAGAAGAUCCCAAUCUUUCUCUUCACCGCCAAUGCUCAAAAUACCGAUGAUGAGAUUGCCGCAGACGAAGGUGCCGCCUUUGGAGCUGCCACUGCUGUGGAAACGGUGAGAGAGAUGGAAAUAGUGACAGCAGAAGAGCCACUCAAUAGCCAAAUCUAUCCAAGCACUUCAGCAUCAUCCUUGAAAAGAGGCUAUGUAAGGCAUCAAAAGGUAGGCCCAGGCAUGUCAGGGGAAACAUUCCGAAGAGACUCUCAGUCGCUAGUUGUCGGUCAGGAAUAUGAGGAUGUACAGGCGUUCCGCAAUGCGCUAACAAGCGCCGCCAUCGCUGCGAAUUUUGAGCUCCAUAUGAUCAGAUCGGAUCAGCGCCGCGUCACAGCCAGAUGUGCUGCAGAAGACUGCACAUGGCGAGUACACGCAUCGAAACUCCCACAAGUCACUACUUUUAGAAUACGAACCCUAACACCAGAACACACUUGUGUUAGGACAGAGGAAGCUGGCCAUCGCCAAGCAACGGCAAAGUGGAUAGCCAAUUGCAUAAAAGACAAGCUUCGGCAUAACUGGAAUUACAAGCCAAGAGAGAUCGUCAAUGACAUUCAUCAAGAGUAUGGGGUGCUUAUUACAUACAAAAGGGCUUUCCUUGGGAGGGAGAAGGCAUUGGAAGAGCUACGAGCUCAGCCAGAGAAGGAUGUAAUUGCUGAUGAUGAUGGUUAUGAGUGCAAUGUUGAUAGCCAUGAUGAGGAUGUUCACGCAUGGGGUGAGAUAGAUGAUCCCCCAAGAAAGAAGCAGGAUUAUGGGCAGUGUCGAUCCAAGGAAGUAAGGCCGCUGCACUGUACACAGUGUAACCAAAUUGGGCAUAAUAGAAGAACAUGUGGGACGUUAGAAGCUUCGAAACAUUGACCUCCUUUUUCCUGUUUGAUGCCACUUGAAGCAGACUGUUUUCUUUGUUGUUGUUAUCUCGGAACAACCGACCCUUUCUUAUCAAGCAGGGCUUUCGAAUUGUCUGUAAAGCGAUCAGUUUUUAUAAAGCGAUCAGUUUUUUGAGGAAAAUACUUACAGGUGUUAAAUAGCUGAUUAGCUAUUCAUUUUUCAUUAGUGGAGAGAGUAAGCUGUAAAUAAUUUCAUUUUGAUGGUAACUGCAUUGUUUUGCUAGUUGUAAUAUAUGAUAUCUUUGUAUUUAAAGAGAGUAACUGUUUGUUCUGCAGCUCUUAUGAACUACUGCAAAAUUUGUCUGUGGAAGUGGUUGACAAUUCGUCAGCAUGCAAUUGUUCUCAAACUAGAGGAAUUCUAACUA